CCCUCCCCCAAGACUGCCAGGAGGCCGCCACGUCACCGUGGACGACGGGAAAUGGGCUGUGGGAGAGCCGCUCGCCAUUUAGGCAAGCGCGCCGGGCGGAAGUGCGGUGAUGGCGGAGCUCUAUGUUAAGCCCGGGAACCAGCAGCGCGGCUGGAAUGACCCCCCGGAAUUCUCCUAUGGGCUACAGCAGCGUCCGGCUCUUUCCAGCGGCUUGACCCAGCGGGGUCACUUCCGGAGAAGAGUGGCGGCGGCAAGUGAAGGAAAGGAGCCCGAAACGGUGCCGCACCCCCCAAUUGCCUCUAGCCCAGUUGGAUUGCUUGUCCCACAGUCUCUGAACCUGCAUCCUCCUGGACCACCAACCUCUUUUCAGAGAGCAGAUGCCACAACACCAUCUGUUGUAGAGACUGACAAGGAAUAUGAGAUAGAGGGUGUGCUUUCUUCCUUGCAUGAGGCUCUGAACAACUGUAGGAGCUUUGUGCAGAAACAGGUUUGUGAUGAUAUCCAUAAACGCUUGGUAAUUCUGCAGGAAAUGUGGACACAAGGCAAAUUAUCUUCCCCUGUAAGAAAAAGGAUGGGAAUUCUGACAGAAGAGCUCAAGAGUCAGCAUUGGGAUGAAGCUGAUGAGAUUCAUCGUUCGCUAAUGGUGGACCAUGUUGCUGAAGUAUGCCAGUGGAUGGUUGGAGUCAAAAGGCUUAUUGCUGAAACAAAGAACUUGCCUGGAGGAGAUCCACUGCAAUAGAGCAUGAGCAAGGAGUCAACCUGUUUGGAUCUGAAUGCUUAUAAGAUUUGCUGAGCCUAGGAACUGGCCAAUAUGAAAACGGACCCUGUCUGAAAGGCAAUCUGGUCCAGGGAGAUUUGACUUCUUAACCACUAGAGUAAUAAUUUUAUUUCUUUUACAGCUAUAAUCAAAGUUGCAUUUUCCAACUUGAUCACAUCAUAAUCAAUGAACAUUUUUUUGAUUGAAUUAAACACUUGUUUAAGAAGUGCAACUUUUUGAAGAUGACAGGUUAAAAAUAGCAAUCUUGCAAAUACUACUUUUAAAUUGUAUAAUGAAUCCUAAGUGCCAUACUGGUGUUAAAUCUAAACAGUUUCUUCAUAUAGCUACUGUAAAGUCUUCCUAUUUAUUUUUAUUUUCUCAAUAAGUGUGUUGUUCCAUGUUUGCUUGCAGAAUUCACUCCACCUUCUGUUCUCUAAAGUGUGCCUGUUGAAAAGAAAAAACAAAACAGAAAACAAAACCUGUUUUGUUAUUUCCCUCCAUGUAGAUGUAGUACCAUUAAGGACUACUCAUUAAAUACGGUUUGCCAGCCACUUACAAAUCCA